UGCUAUUGACCGUUUUCCAGCUCUAUUGCUAAAUCUCAAGCGCUGAAUUUUUCGCAAAAAAUAGUAAUUACGUAUAUUCCGUAUCACAGAGCAUCACAAUGUCCGAUAACGAUGACGACUUUAUGUGCGACGACGAUGAGGAUUAUGGUUUGGAGUACUCUGAGGACAGCAACUCGGAGCCCGAUGUGGACCUGGAGAACCAGUACUACAACAGCAAGGCCCUGAAGGAGGAGGAACCGAAGGCGGCACUGGCCAGUUUCCAGAAGGUCCUUGACUUGGAGAACGGCGAGAAGGGCGAGUGGGGCUUCAAGGCGCUGAAGCAGAUGAUCAAGAUCAACUUUAGGCUGAACAACUACGAUGAGAUGAUGGUGCGCUACAAGCAGCUGCUCACCUACAUCAAGAGCGCUGUGACCCGAAACCACUCGGAGAAGAGCAUCAACUCCAUACUGGAUUACAUAUCCACGUCGAAGAAUAUGGCUCUUCUCCAGAACUUUUACGAGACCACCUUGGACGCCUUACGGGAUGCCAAAAACGACCGUCUGUGGUUCAAGACCAACACUAAGCUGGGCAAGCUAUACUUCGACCGCAGUGACUUCACCAAGCUCCAGAAGAUACUCAAGCAGCUGCACCAGAGCUGCCAGACGGAUGACGGCGAAGACGAUCUCAAGAAGGGCACACAGCUGCUGGAGAUUUACGCCCUGGAGAUCCAGAUGUACACAGUGCAGAAGAACAACAAGAAGCUAAAGGCUCUCUACGAACAGUCUCUGCACAUCAAGUCGGCCAUUCCACAUCCCCUGAUCAUGGGCGUGAUCCGGGAGUGCGGGGGUAAAAUGCAUUUGCGGGAGGGCGAGUUCGAAAAAGCACACACGGAUUUCUUCGAAGCUUUCAAAAACUACGAUGAAAGCGGUUCACCCAGGAGAACCACUUGCUUGAAGUACUUGGUUCUGGCUAAUAUGUUAAUGAAGUCCGGCAUCAAUCCCUUCGACUCACAAGAAGCCAAGCCAUAUAAGAACGAUCCUGAAAUCCUGGCGAUGACCAAUCUGGUGAACUCCUACCAAAACAAUGACAUUAAUGAGUUCGAAACGAUUUUACGCCAGCACCGCAGCAACAUAAUGGCUGACCAGUUCAUUCGGGAGCACAUCGAGGAUCUUUUGCGCAACAUUCGCACCCAAGUGCUUAUCAAGCUGAUCAGGCCAUACAAAAACAUAGCUAUACCUUUCAUUGCGAAUGCCUUGAAUAUCGAACCGACUGAAGUGGAGAGUCUACUGGUGUCCUGCAUCUUAGACGACACCAUUAAGGGACGCAUUGAUCAGGUGAAUCAGGUACUCCAGCUGGACAAGAUCAACAGCAGUGCUUCGCGUUAUAAUGCCCUGGAGAAAUGGUCCAACCAAAUCCAAUCGCUGCAGUUUGCCGUGGUUCAGAAAAUGGCCUAAUUGGCCUUCAAUUCAUUAAAAUUCUAGAAUUUAUAUUUAA